CGUGAACGCGCAUCGUGAUCCUUACGUCACUGAAGCGCCCUGGCUCGCGGAGCUACUGGUAGUGCUGGCAAGAGAGGAAAAAAAGAGAAAUAAGUAUUAUAGUAAAAAGCACAUCCUUUUAUGAGGAGGGAUUGCAUCUGAUAACGGUCCGUCUGCAAACCCAGGAGUACGGCGCCGCGCUUAAACCACAGCCGGAUAAGCGGGAUAUGUGAGAAGAAGAUCCCGGCACUGCCGCCCUCAUAAGGAGUGAUAGAGUCCUGGAUCUUCUCACUGACCGCGGAUUUUCCAAGUUCACGCCCCCAGCGGUCGACUACUGAAGGCUCCCUUUGAACAUGACAUACUCGCCUCUGUCCUUCAGUUAAAGACAGAAAGAAGCACAGAAUCCUGCAGGUGUUCAGUGGACGGAAUCUGACUCUGUUUUGCUUCUGUGUUGCUAUUUUUUCCGUUUCGUUGAGAAGCGAGACCCCAUUUUCCAGACACCAUGUACGGCAGCGCCCGGUCUGUGGGCAAGAUGGACAGUAACCACGGCGGGGGGAGCGGCCAGAGUCCGGGGCGUUCCCCGCGGCUGCCCCGCUCGCCGCGCCUGGGCCACCGCCGCACCAACAGCACGGGCGGCAGCGGCGGCGGCGCGGGCGGGGCCGGCGGCAAGACGCUCUCCAUGGAGAACAUCCAGUCCCUGAACGCGGCCUACGCCACCUCCGGCCCCAUGUACCUGAGCGACAACGAGGUGGUGGCCGCGCCCGACCUGCCCAAGAGCACCAUGACGCUGGGCCGGUCCGGCGGCCGGCUGCCGUACGGCGUGCGCACCACCGUCAUGGGCAGCAGCCCCAACAUCGCCACCAGCACGGCGGGCGCCGUGCCCAGCGACGCCAUCGCCUUCGGGGACCACCACAUGCCGUCCAGCCUGGCCUCCACCGUGCCCCACUCGCUGCGGCAGGCCCGGGACAACACCAUCAUGGACCUGCAGGCGCAGCUGAAGGAGGUGCUGAGGGAGAACGAGCUGCUCCGCAAGGAGGUGGACGUGAAGGAGAGCAAGCUCAGCUCCUCCAUGAACUCCAUCAAGACCUUCUGGAGCCCCGAGCUGAAGAAGGAGCGAGCCCUGCGCAAGGACGAGGUGUCCAAGAUCGCCGUGUGGAAGGAGCAGUACCGCGUCAUCCAGGACGAGACGCAGCACCUGCAGAUGACCAUCCAGGCGCUGCAGGACGAGCUACGGAUCCAGCGCGACCUGAACCAGCUGUUCCAGCAGGACAGCAGCAGCCGGUCCAGCGAGCCGCUGGCGUCCGAGCUGACCGAGGAGAACUUUCAGCGGCUGCACGGCGAGCACGAGCGGCAGGCCAAGGAGCUCUUCCUCCUGAGGAAGACUCUGGAGGAGAUGGAGCUGCGAAUCGAGACCCAGAAGCAGACGCUCAGCGCCCGCGACGAGUCCAUCAAGAAGCUGCUGGAGAUGCUGCAGAGCAAGGGCCUGUCGGCCAAGGCCAGCGAGGAGGACCACGAGCGUACCCGCCGCCUGGCCGAGGCCGAGAUGCACGUGCACCACCUGGAGAGCCUGCUGGAGCAGAAGGAGAAGGAGACGGCCGCGCUGCGGGAGGAGCUGCACCGUCGCUAUGAGGGAACCCCCGAGUCAGCCAAGACCAAGGCCCUGCAGACCGUCAUCGAGAUGAAGGACUCGAAGAUCAGCUCCCUGGAGCGCGGGCUGCGGGACAUGGAGGAGGAGAUCCAGAUGCUGAAAUCCAACGGGGCGCUGAGCACGGAGGAGCGGGAGGAGGAGAUGAAGCAGAUGGAGGUGUACCGCAGCCACUCCAAGUUCAUGAAGAACAAGGUAGAGCAGCUGAAGGAGGAGCUGUCUCAGAAAGAGGCCGAGGGGGAGGAGCUGAGAAAGCGAGCGGCUGACCUGCAGCAGGAGAUCGACCAGGUGAAGCAGGAUCUGUCCCGGAAGGACACAGAGUUGCUGGGGCUGCAGACCAAGCUGGAGACUCUGACCAACCAGUUCUCCGACAGCAAGCAGCACAUCGAGGUGCUGAAGGAGUCGCUGACGGCCAAGGAGCAACGUGCCGCCAUCCUGCAGACCGAGGUGGACGCCCUGCGCCUGCGUCUGGAGGAGAAGGAGACCAUGCUGAACAAGAAGAGCAAGCAGAUCCAGGAGAUGUCCGAGGAGAAGGGCACCCUCAACGGAGAGAUCCACGACCUCAAGGACAUGCUGGACGUGAAGGAACGCAAGGUCAACGUGCUGCAGAAGAAGAUUGAGAAUCUGCAGGAGCAGCUGAGGGAUAAGGAGAAGCAGAUGAGCAGUCUGAAGGAGAGGGUGAAGUCGCUGCAGGCCGACACCUCCAACACCGACACCGCCCUCACCACGCUGGAGGAGGCGCUGGCCGAAAAGGAGCGGAUUAUCGAGCGUCUGAAGGAGCAGCGUGAUCGAGACGAGCGGGAGAAGACUGAGGAGCUGGACAGCAACAAGAGAGAGCUGAAGGAGCUGAAGGAGAAGGUCAGCCUGCUGCAGGGAGACCUGUCUGACCGCGAGACCUCCCUGCUCGACCUGAAGGAGCACGCCUCCUCCCUGGCCUCCUCCGGGCUCAAGAAGGACUCCAAGCUGAAGAGCCUGGAGAUCGCCCUGGAGCAGAAGAAGGAGGAGUGCCUCAAGCUGGAGUCUCAGCUGAAGAAGGCCCAGAACGCGGCGGUGGAGGCGCAGGCGAACACGGAGCUGUCGGAGCGGAUCGCGUCGCUGGAGCGGGAGGUGGCGCGGCACCGCGAGGAUGCUGGGAAGGCGCAGGCCGAGGUGGACCGCCUGCUGGAGAUCCUGCGCGAGAUGGAGAACGAGAAGAAUGACAAGGACAAGAAGAUCAGCGAGCUGGAGAGUCUGGCUUCAAGGCAGAUGAAGGACCAGAGCAAGAAGGUGGCCAACCUUAAGCACAAAGAGCAGCUGGAGAAGAGCAAGAACGCCCAGCUGAUGGAGGAGGCCCGCAAGAGGGAGGACAAUAUCAAUGAGAGCUCCCAGCAGGUGAAGGACUCCUUGCGGCAGAAGGACGACCGCAUCGAGGAGCUGGAGGAGGCCCUGCGGGAGAGCGUGCAGAUCACGGCGGAGCGCGAGAUGGUGCUGGCUCAGGAGGAGGCGGCCCGCACUCACGCCGAGAAGCAGAUGGAGGAGCUGCUGGCGGCCAUGGAGAAGGUGAAGCAGGAGCUGGAGUCCAUGAAGGCCAAGCUGUCGUCCACCCAGCAGUCUCUGGCGGAGAAAGAGGCCCACCUGACCACUCUGCGGGCCGAGCGCAGGAAGCACCUGGAGGAGGUGCUGGAGAUGAAGCAGGAGGCGCUGCUGGCCGCCAUCAGUGAGAAGGACGCCAACAUCGCCCUGCUGGAGCUGUCGUCCUCCAAGAAGAAGAAAACGCAGGACGAGGUGGCGCUGCUGAAGAGGGAGAAGGACCGGCUGGUGCAGCAGCUCAAGCAGCAGACGCAGAACCGCAUGAAGCUGAUGGCUGACAACUACGAGGACGACCAUCUCAAGGCCUCAUCGCAUUCCGAGCAGACCAACCACAAACCCUCUCCAGAUCAGAUCAUCGCCCCUCUUUUAGACCUCAAUCAGAACCGCAGUAAGCUGAAACUCUACAUCGGCCACCUGACCGCCCUGUGCCACGAGAGAGACCCCCACAUCCUGCAGGACCUGGCCCCGCCCACCGCCUAUCACCGCAGCGACCAAGCAGCUUGGGAGGAGGAGCUGCAGAAGAUGAGUCUGGAGCAGCUGGAGUCGGAGCUGGAGCAGUGUGAGAGGGAGAGUGCAGAGCUGCAGGAAUAUGCCAACUCCGUGCUGCAGCAGAUCGCAGACCACUGCCCCGACAUCCUGGAGCAGGUGGUCAACGCGCUGGAGGAGUCCUCCUGACCCUCUCACCUGCACCCCGCACACCCCCGUCCAACAGGUGUGUCACUGUCCCAGUCUGUCCUCCAUCAGUGCCCCCCCCCCCCGCUGAGCCUGCUCCACGCCCCCUCACCUGCCGGCGGGGGGGUCACCACCACGCCCCACGAUGAACAGACCACCUGUGGGACGUGAGGGAGGAAUUUGGCAAAGCUGAGAACUCUGCAGUACCUGUGGGUGCUGCCGCCUCUCUCCACCAAUCCAGCUGGCUGUUUACAGCGGUGCCCCCCCCCCCCCAGCUCUGCAGCACGUAUCCCAGCAUCCCACGCGCAGGCGAACGCGGCCGCCAACGUGGCGAGGACUGCUGCGCCACACCCUGACGUCCUCCCGGUCACCCGACAGCUACCCACAAUGCAUCCCUUCGCUCGCCUCCUCAGAAGAGCAUGCUUUCAGGAGGCGGGAAAAAUUAAAAAAAAAAAAAAACAUUUAAUGAUGAGAGAGCACAGUGAGGUUAUGAUUGCAGGAUGUUGGAAAAAAAAAGGGUUUAGAGGAUUUUUUUUUUUUUGUUGUUGUUCUUUUUUCUUUUUUUUGGGAGUGGGUGGGGGUUCGAUUGCUUAUAAUUCAUUAUGGGUCACCUUGGUGACAGACAAAACCGUAUAAAUUGCAUUCAAGGGUUGUAGAUGCUUUAAUGCCUUGAGGAAAAAUAAUCCAAACAGCCAUACUUCUUAUACCCUGAGUGAUGCUUAGCGCAAAGCCGCUGAGGCACGGAUUUAUAUAAAUUCAAGCGUGACUCAUUUGUGUGGCUUUAGCACAGUGCGGUCAGGAGUGCGAUUUCAGCAUCAGUUACUGCCACAAGCACCCUGAAGGUCAGGCUGAGGAUGCUCAAUUAGAACUAUGUUAUGGGAGUGAAUGAUGUUAACAAAAUGACAAGAAGUGUAUUUAUCACCAUGUAGGUUACCUAGGAAACCACAGCUUUCGGCUCUUGGCGGAGUUGGAAGUUGAACAUGAAAUGCCUUUCAAUUUGACAUAUUUUGCUGCUAUUUGUUUCUUUUUUUUUUUUGUUGCUGUCAUUGUUAGUUUCUUUUUUUCUAGCGAGAACUUUGUAGUUUAGAAAGAAACAAGGCAAUUAAUCAGUCACCCAGCUAUAGUGCUACACUAUUGCCUUUGGUUGAAAGACCAGACUUUAAAA